AUGCUGUGGCCGCGGGUGGCGGCGGCCGAGUGGACGGCGCUGGCCUGGGAGCUGCUGGGCGCCUCGGUGCUGCUGAUCGCCGUGCGCUGGCUGGUGCGGCGGCUGGAGAAGCGGCCGCGGGGCCGGGGCCGCCCCGGGAGCCCCAGCCCGCCGCCCCGCGCGCCCGCCGCCCCGGGCCCAGGCCCAGGCCCAGGUGGGGUGACCAUGGACGCCAUCUUGGCGCGCUUGAAGCUCUUGAACCCGGACGACCUGAGAGAGGAAAUUGUCAAGAAUGGGUUGAGAUGCGGCCCCAUUACGUCAACUACCAGGUUCAUUUUUGAGAAGAAACUGGCUCGGGCGUUACUGGAGCACAGGAGCGCCCUGCCUGGCGCCAGCCCCGAGCAGGAGGCUGCAGGAGGCCCCUCUCUCAGCCCGGACGCCCAGCGGGGUCUUCACCCUGCUGUCGGGGUCCCAGCUGAGCAGGCCGGCCUUGCUGAAGACAGAGACUUCGGUUACAGCGUGGGCUUGAACCCCCCGGAGGAGGAUGCUGUGACUGCAGAGGCCAGCACCGCACCCUUCCGUGCAGCCGGCUGCAGGAGCGGUGUGGGGACCCCCGUGGAGCCCCCUGUGUUCUAUGGCGUGUGCCCGGCGCCCGAGGACGCACCCUGAGAAGCAAUUCAUGUUUAUGAAGAUAAAAAGGAGGCACUGCAAGCUGUCAAAAUGAUGAAAGGGUCCCGAUUUAAAGCCUAUUCAAGUAGAGAAGACGCUGAGAAGUUUGCUAGGGGAAUUUUUGAUUAUUUCCCUUCUCCAAACAAAACCUCUGCACCAGCAUCUCCCGUGAAGGCAGCGCCCAUCUCUGCCAACGGUGGCUUCAAAGAUGGUCUGUGCCCGUCCGAGCCAGAAGCUGCAAACAGGGAGCGAGCAAACAGCUACAGAAACCCCCGCACGCAGGACCUCACUGCCAAGCUGCGGAGAGCGGUGGAGCAGGGAGAGGGCGAGGCCUUUUCCGACCUUGUCUGGAGCAACCCGCGGUAUCUGAUCGGCUCCGGGGAUAACCCGACCAUUGUGCAGGAGGGGUGCAGGUACAACGUCCUGCACGUGGCCGCCAAGGAGGGCCAGGCCCACAUAUGCCAGCUGACCCUGGACACCCUGGAAGACCCCGAGUUCAUGCGGCUCAUGUACCCAGACGACGACCACAUGCUACAGAAGCGCAUCUGCUACGUCGUCGACCUGUACCUGAACACCCCGGACAAGGCGGCCUACGAUACGCCGCUGCACUUUGCUUGUAAAUUUGGGCACGCAGACGUCGUCAACGUGCUGUCCUCACACCCUUUAAUCGUGACAAACCCGAGAAACAAACAGGACAAAACCCCCGAAGAUGUUAUUUGCGAAAGAAGCAAAAAUAAAUCUGUGGAGCUGAAGGAGCGGAUCAGAGAGUAUUUAAAGGGCCACUACUACGUGCCGCUGCUGAGGGCGGAGGACAUGUCGUCGCCCGUGAUCGGGGAGCUGUGGUUCGACCAGACAGCCCAGGCCUCUCACGCCCCCUGGGGAGGCGGCCCCAGAGACCCUGUGCUGACCCUGCGAGCCUUUGUGGGGCCCCUGAGUCCAUCCAAGGCAGAGGACUUCCGCAGGCUCUGGAAGACUCCGCCGCGGGAGAAAGCCGGCCUCUUCCACAGUGUCAGGAAGUCGGACCCCGAGCGAGGCGCCGAGCGAGUGGGCAGGGAACUGGCUCACGAGCUGCAGUACCCCUGGGCCGAGUACUGGGACUUCCUGGGCUGUUUUGUGGACCUCUCCUCCGCGGAGGGCCUGCGGCGGCUGGAGGAGCACCUUGCUCAGCAGGACGUGGCCAGGAGGGCCCGGCUCGCGCCGGGGGGCGAGGCCUGUGCCCCGGAGAAAGCUGCUGCCUUGGCCUCGCCCGCGAGGAGGAGCAGUGGCUCCAUCUCCGUCAGGGCGUUUCUCGAGGAGGACGACACACGCCUGGGGCCGAAGACAAGCCCAGAAGCUGCCAGCACCGGCCCCCAGGGCAGCGGGGAUGGGCCCGCCACCCCCAGCAGCAGCCGGGCCCUGGCGCGGAGGGGGCUUCCCCGCCACCUGUCUCCGCGGGGGAGCUGCCCCCGCAUCCUCACCGCCUCUGGGGGCCCCACGCAGAGGCACUUCCUUUCCGGGGAGGAGCCGUCCAAGCUGGACAGGGAUGUCCUGGCGGCUCUGGAGCACGUGGAUGUGGACCCCGGCCAGUACCCAGCCGUGCACAGGUGGAAGAGCGCCGUCCUGUGCUUCUCUCCCGCGGACAGACAGAGCUGGCCAGCCUGCCCUGCAUGGGAGGCAGAAGUCUCAGCUGGUGAAUCCGGUUGCCCUCGCAGCUGCAGCCCCAGGAGGGCCGUGUCCUCCAGGGACAGCCCAGGAAGGCCCGGCCUGGCCCCGCGCUCCCCAGGCAUGGGCAGCCCCGGCCGCUACAGCCCUGCUGGGGGCCAGCUCCGCAGGAUGGUGCUGCUGGCCAACGGCUGGGCUGUAGGCACCCCAGGAAGAAGGGGACACCGUUAG